ACGAAGCUGAAGAUUAUUGAGGAACACCCCAUUGGGAAUGGCCUCGGUGUCUUCCGCGCCGUGUUCGCAUCGAUAUGCGAAUCCCAGGGUCUCGUUUCGUCGGCGGACGCCAUCGACCAGUUGGACCAACGAUCUCUACAGAGCCUCACUAUCAAUCUUCUCGCAGCGCUCCUGGUACUCGAGGCGGCCCAGCUUCUUCGCUCUGCUGGCAGAGGCAAAUAUCUCUUUGACGACAUAUCAAAAUCACUCUCUAUCAUCCGCUCAGACGACUUCGACUUGGAUCGCUUCAAACCUGUCUUCAGAGCCGUCCUCGACGACAAUCCCAACGAUGUCCUCAUUUGGACGCAACUCUCCAACGCCGUCAAAGAAGCAACUCCUCCUCCGCGGCCGACGUGGUCAUCUGUGGCAAACACCCCAAUCACCCGAAACACGAGCAGCAUCCUCAACUCGUCAGAAUUACGUCGCGAGGUCGACCAAGUCCUUAGGAAAGAACUUGACCCUCGCGUGGGCAUUCGCAAGUUUCGAGAGUCAUUCUUUGCAUCCGUUCCCAACCUCGACGCAGCGUCCGAUGCCGUCUUUCGCAAGUGUUCCGAAGGCGACGAGCCGCUCUUUGGUCAAGAGGGAUGGGCAGGAUGGCCGGCCGCUGCAGAGGAGAAAGCUGUGGUGGCUUGGCUCGGCGACAUUAUACCAAAGCUGGAGAGUCUCGCGGUCGAUUUCGCUCCCUCCACAUUGACUCGACAACGGAAACUGCUGGCACAGCUAAAGACACCUUUGCUGGGAUCUACAGGAAAACGCAGCAUGGAUGUCGGCUUCGUCAACAGCGACUUUACCCAUCAGCUAGGCAAACCAAGCAGAUACCGCUGGUCGCACAUCUUGGUGCCGGGCGAGCUGAAGAGUAAUCCAAAGGCCGACGCGCCACCGGUGGCGUGGAUCGACCUUGCAACGUAUGCGAGAGAGGUGCUGUCAGCUCAGGACUCUCGGCGCUUCGUCUUGGCCUUUUCGUUGUGCGGGUCUCUGAUGCGGUUGUGGGAAUACGAUCGGAUAGGGGGGAUUGCGUCCGAACAAUUCAACAUCAACGAACACAAGGGGGGCCUGGAGUUUGUGGCUACAAUCCUCGGAUUUCUUUGGAUGGACGAAGAAUGGCUAGGGUUUGACCCUACGAUUGUAACCUCUGGCGACGACAAGCGCUUCAUAGAGAUUGAACGGAACGGUCAGCCAGAGCGCAUCAUCAUCGACGAGGUCAUUACACGUGCCCGGUGUGUUGCUGGAAGGGCAACAACUUGUUGGAAGGCGCAUCCAGAAGAUGAUCCGGAGACGGCACUCGUCAUCAAGGACUCGUGGCAGUAUCCGGAACGAGACGAAGAGGGUGAGAUUAUCCAGGAGGCCACUGAACGAGGUGCCAUCAAUGUGUCUCGGUACUAUUACCACGAAACUGUACGUAUCCGCGGCGUGGAUGAUGAUAUUCGAAGCUGCGUUCGCAACGGACUGGAUGUUACGGCGGCUACAGAAGAAACGGCAGCUACGGAAGAUAGCAAAAGUAGCAAAAGCAAUAACAGUAGCGAUAAUAGCGGUAGUAGCGAUAGUAUCGGUAGUAGCGGCCGGGCCGGUUCGAAGAGAGGAUCCAGCGAAGUCAACGAGGCUGACGCACGACCAGCCAAGCGCCAUCGCUCAGGAUCAAGUAAUGCCAAUGGCAGCGGCCUCGAGAAAAAGCCGCCCAAUCGGGUGCACCGGCGCAUCAUUGUUCAAGAUUACGGGCGGCCAAUCUACAAGGCCAGCUCACCGGCAGCGCUUGUGGCUGCUCUAGAGAGCUGUAUUCGCGGUCACGAGUCUCUGAGGCAAGCCGGCUUCCUCCAUCGAGAUGUUUCCGUUAACAACGUCUUGAUUGACGAAGACGGCCCCCCCUCCCGAACGGGAUUCCUGAUAGACCUCGAUCUUGCUAUAAGAGAGUCGAGGGAAAAGGCAUCAGGAGCAAAGGGGAAGACGGGGACAAGAGCGUUCAUGGCCAUUGGACUAUUGUUCGGCGAAGAGCAUUGCUUCAUGCAUGAUCUCGAGUCCUUCUUCUGGGUGCUUUUCUGGGUUUGUGUCAACUACGAUGGGCCAGACAAAAGCGUCAAGAAUAAUCCAUUUGACAGUUGGAACUACACAAAUGACUAUGAACUGGCGGGUUCUAAACUCGGGGUAAUAACUGAUUCUACCGUGUUUUGCAAGCGAGCAAAGGAGACGUUUACGGCAUUCUAUGAGCCGCUGAUUCCGCUGAUGGAUAGACUGCGAGAGGUGGUGUUUCCAGGCGGGGUGAGAUGGAAACGAGCUGACGAGGGGCUGUAUUCCUCCAUGAGGGAGAUUCUGCGGGAC